AUGUGGAUACGGUCGGCCGACUGGCUAGAACAGGCUCAAGCCGCCGUUCGUCGCUACCCUGAAAAAGAUUCUCCGGUCUCGUCAAGACCCUUUGCCGUGAUUGAGGAGUUCAACAACUGGAGACAGCAGCCAGAUUUGGCGGAGGCUGUUGCGGCGAUUCGUGCUCUUGCGGCUGUUAUUAGGGCUAGCGAAGCGACUACGAUGAUGGAGCUCGAGAUUGAACUCAAGAAAGCUUCUGAUACAUUGAAGGCAUGGGAUACAACUUCCAUAUCCUUAACAGCAGGAUGUGAUCUAUUCAUGCGGUACGUGACUCGAACAUCUGCUUUAGAAUUUGAGGAUUUCAAUUCAGCGAAAUUCCGCGUGCUUGGACGUGCUGAGAAGUUUGGAGAAAUAUCUAACAAAGCUCGAAAGAUCAUUGCAAUGCUUAGUCAAGAUUUCAUAUUUGAUGGGUGUACCAUACUGGUUCAUGGUUUCUCUAGAGUUGUAUUCGAGAUACUAAAGACAGCAGCUCAAAACAAGAAACUCUUUCGAGUGUUGUGCACAGAGGGAAGGCCAGAUAAAACAGGUGUACUGCUAGCUAAGGAGCUUGCUAAGCUAGAUGUUCCACUGAAGCUUCUGAUUGAUUCAGCUGUGGCCUAUUGCAUGGAUGAAGUAGACAUGGUGUUUGUUGGAGCCGACGGAGUGGUUGAAAGUGGCGGUUUAGUUAACAUGAUGGGUACUUACCAAAUAGCGAUUGUCGCACACAGUAUGAACAAACCAGUCUAUGUAGCUGCAGAGAGUUACAAGUUUGCACGCCUCUACCCGUUGGAUCAAAAGACCUUAGAGCCGGCCUUGCGACCUAUUGAUUUUGGUGUUUCUGUUCCUCCUAAGGUUGAGGUAGAAAGAUCUGCCAGAGACUACACUCCCCCGCAGUUCCUUACUCUGCUCUUUACUGAUCUUGGUGUUCUCACUCCAUCUGUAGUAAGUGAUGAGCUAAUUCAGCUUUACUCAUAA